GAGUGAACUGCCAGCACAUUGACCCGAGUCAGAUCAACCAUUCACGACAUCGAGGCACGUUGAUUUUCAGGUCUUCAAGAAUUGUUGCGCAUUCCGACAAGAACUUCAAGCUACCACACAUCUUCUAGCUGCCAUACGAUCCCUACCUAGGCAUACCGUACUCUAGAACCGAGAAGCAAACAACGGAUCACUCGCAACAUGUCGAAACCAACCUACGAAUCCAUCCCUCUAGAGAGAUUCCAAGAGGUCUUCAAGGAUACCUCUACUGAGGUAUCCUCGGUAGCUCUGGGUGGAAAGAUCGUCUCCUUCUCAGACGAGUUCUUUGCCGAGGCUAGCAACCUCCUCAAGGUCCACCCCUCGGUCUCCAUGAAGGGUCAAUUCGGACCUAAAGGAGCCUUGUACGAUGGCUGGGAGACCAGACGACAUAAUGCCCCUGAUCACGACUGGGUGAUUAUCCGCCUUGGGCCUCCUUCGAACAUUCUCACCGGUUUCGAUAUCGACACGGCCAAUUUUACCGGUAACGAAGGUCCGGCCGCGGAUGUCUGGGGUCUGAAGUUGGAGGGUGACGAGAAGGAGGUGGAGAGGCAGGAAAAGGGGUUGCUUGGGGACGAUCCUAGGUGGGAGCUGCUCUUGCCCGAAGUCCCGCUUGGACCCAAUUCGAGGCAUCUCUUCAAGAUUGAGCCUACCAAGAAGGUCUACUCGCACGUCAAGCUGUCCAUGAUCCCUGAUGGCGGAUUCGGCCGAUUCCGAGCGUACGGUUGGCCGCAGGCCCCUUCUACAUCCGAACGGGUCGACCUCGCCUACGCUCUCAACGGCGGUCGGAUCGUGUCUCAGUCGGACCAACAUUUCGGGAUCGCGUCCAACCUCUUGUUGCCCGGUCGAGGUUUCGACAUGGGAGACGGAUGGGAGUGCAAGAGGAGCCGGACAGAAGGGAACAACGAGUGGACCGUCGUCAGGCUCGGUGAUGCGGGUUACAUCGAUAACGUCGAGAUCGAUACUGCUUAUCAUAUGGGAAACUUCCCCGUCUAUGCCGAGCUGCACGCUAUCAACUGCUCCGACAACGUCCCCGCUCUCGAUAGCCCGGAUUGGGUUUCGAUCCUGCCCAAGAUGAAGCAGGGUCCGCAUCGUCAACACUUUUACCCAGUAGAGAACGCCUUCGGCAAGGUGUUUACCCAUGUCAAGUUGACCAUCUGGCCUGACGGUGGUCUCAAGCGGUUGAGAAUUUUCGGGUACCGAGCUUCGACAUACUCGUCGACCUCCCUCCCGGCUACGCAUACCGCUAACCCGAUCCCUCAACUCGAGGCCCUUCCUCUUACCUACGAGGCCUUCCUUCCUUACGGACGAGUCGCGCAGGCCUAUUCGGUUCCUACGGCCGCCCCUCGAGGGGUACCGAAGACGACCGCCAAUCAGGUCACCGCGGCCAAGUACCACAAGAUGGCUCUGGUCGAGGACGAUUACAAAAAGGACGGAAGCGAGAACCACAGGACUAUCAUCAGCGUCAUGACUGCUCAGCCAAAGGUACAGACUGGGGAUGUGUGGGAUAUCGUUCAGCUCGAAAAACACCCGCGAACGACCCAGACCUUUGUUCCGUUGGGUGCAACCCAAGGGCAAGGUUCGGCGGCUCAGGACGGCUCAUAUGUCGUGACCGUAGCUCUGAGCGAUGCUAGUGGUCAACCGGACUUGAGCACGAUGCGAUCGUUCCUGGUGCUUCCGAGCCAGAGUGUCACGUACGGCAAAGAUGUUUGGCACCAUGGAACCCUGACCGCGGAUAGUCCUCUGACCUACGCGGCUAUUGAGAGUAUCGCCCCACCUCUCCCCGAGGCUGACAUUGACUUCUACAAGCCGGGCAACACGAUCGCACAGAUCACGUUGCCCAAACUGCCAUCGGGCUCCCGCUCUACUCUGAAGAACGCCGUCACACAGGCCGUCCAGAGCGGACCGCUGAGCACCCUGAAAUCAAUGGUCUCCUCUUUGGGCGGUUCUGGUAUCACAUGCCAAAAGCUUACCGCCGACAGCUUCAAGGCAUACGGAAACGUUAUUCAGUCCUAUGGUUCGGCAGAGAAUGCGCCUCAGGGUGUCGCCAGCCAGGUCUCUCCUGACGGCAAGACCAUCAAGUUCCACGAACUUUCGCCUGUCAAGAACAGCUACGCCGCCGAGACCGGUGCCACGACCGGAAUUAGCGUUUUCCGGUGCACCGUCAAAGAUGGGAUGGAAAAGGCCAAGCCCUGGCCGGUCCGUCUCAUGGAGAGGCAUCCCUCGACCGAGCAGGCUUUCAUCCCGAUGGGUAUCGCCGAGUGGACGGGCAAGGCAGAAGAACCUCUAGAUGGCGGAGCUGCCUACGUUAUCAUUGUGGCUGAUGGCGGCUCAGAUGAUCGACCGGAUCCUGCGACGAUCAAGGCGUUCUUCUGUACCGCCGAUCAGGGAGUCAAUUACCAUGCCGGUGUCUGGCACCACCCUAUGCUCACCGUCGGUGGAUCUAUCGACUUCGCCUGCGUUGAGGCCCAGAUCGGACACCGUGCAGAUCCUCGGGAUUGCGACUUGAUCGAGUACGACUCGACCAUCGGCGUGGUCGACAUCCCGGACUUUUAGAUAUAGGGAGAAUUCACACUCUUUUUGGCAUCCAAAAUUGCAUACAAACCACAUGAAUUACUUCAAU